CCAGUACCACCCACCGCUCGCUCUCGCUCCCAGGCCUCCUGCCGCCCGGCCCGCGCCGCGCCAUGGAAGAGCCGCCGCCGGGGAGCAGCAAGGCCGCCGCGGCGCGCGCGCCCCGGGUGGUGGGCGUGCUGGCGGGGCUGCUGGAGCGCGCGGCGGAGCGCGGCGACACGGCGACGCCGACGCUGGCGGACUCGGCGUUCCGGGGCCGCGCGCUGCCGGGGAUCCCCGUGCGGCGGUACGCGGAGCGGAUAUACCGGUACGCCGGGUGCAGCCCGGCCUGCUACGUCCUCGCCUACGUCUACCUCGACCGCCUCGCGCGGGGCCAAUGCGACGCCGGCGCCGGCGAGGACGAGGACGAGGACGAGGCGGCGGUUGUCGGCAUCGACUCGUACACCGUCCACCGCCUCCUCAUCACCUCCGUCUUGGUCGCCGCCAAGUUCAUGGACGACAGGCACCACAACAACGCCUACUUCGCGCGGGUGGGCGGCGUGGAGGUGGCGGAGAUGAACGCGCUGGAGCUGCGCCUCCUCUUCGCCCUGCGCUUCCGCCUCAACGUCGCCCCCGACACCUUCGCGCGGUACUGCGCCGCGCUCGAGUGCCACGUCGACACGCCCGACGCCGGCGGCCCCGUGCCGCGGAUGCCGCCCUCCUCCCACGUCGACGGCGAGGAGGCAGUGACCAGCAGCAAGGGCAAGGUUGCCGCCGCCGGUGGCGGUUCCGUCGUCGUCCAGCGUAGUCACCGUCAGCGGAGAGCCGUGGUACAGAUCAUGACGACGGCCCAAUGACGACGACGGACGGCCUAGGUCGACGUACGGGAGAUUGUUUCAUUUGUUCUUUUUUAAUAUACGCUCCAUAUAAGCUUUUGUACGCACCUGCUAUAUACACUCCAUAAGCUUUUGUACA